GUCGUGUUGUUCGCCAAUUUUUUUUAGGUUACUAUUGCACCAUUUUGUUCUCCGUUAAAUUCAUAAAUAUCCAGAUAAAAAUCUUUAAAAAAACAUAUAAAAUCAAAAAAAUAAUAUCAAAUAUCUGUCAAAAAUAUUUUUUUUCUGGUUUCAAAAACAAAUUGAUUUCAAAUUUUUGACAAUAACACCAUUAAACAAUGCUUUCAAAAGAGGCUCUUCCUAGAAUGUCCGGCCCCAAACUGGCUACCAUGAAAUUCGAAGUUUUUGGAACGGUUAAAGGUGUAUUUUAUCGAGCACACGCAUUUAGAGAAGCCGAACGUCUAGGCCUUGUUGGAUACAUAAAGCAUUCACCAAAGAACACGGUUAUUGGAGAGCUUCAAGGUCUUGUGCCUAAAUUGGCAAUUAUGAAAGAAUGGCUUAGAAAAAGAGGCAGCCCCGAUUCUAGAGUUGAGAAGGUCAUUUUUUCAGAUGAGCAACAAAUUCAAACCCUCUCCUAUGAACAUUUGAGAAUCAUUCGAAGUUAAAGGCCUGUUUUUGCGAGAAUUUUUUUUUUUUAACAAUCCUAUGGAUUCUUUUCCAAGGCGAUGAGAUCAUUUCAUGUUGAUAUGGAAAAAUAAGAAUCAAGAUAUCAUUAAAAUUGUUCUUUUUUAUAAAAUUUUUGUAAUUAUGUGAAAAUUGCCUAAAAAAAUAAAUUUUAAUAUUUUAUGUACACAACUGUGCAAGUAAUCGAUGAUCAUUUAUCAAACGAAAACAUUUAGAAUUUUGCCUUUUAUACACUGUUCAAACUGAAUUAAAUUAGUAUAAUGAAAAUUUUAAAUGUUGUUUAAUUUCAAAUUACAAUUGUAUCAUAAAAACAAAUGGAAAAGGUUGAGAAAAUUGGGA